AUGUCCGCAGCACUAGCCGCUAAGUACGGCAUCAAAAAUGUCGACCUCAUCCGCACUGAGGCAUUUGUCAACGGCAAAUGGAUCAAUGGCGAUUCCAAGUUCACUGUCGACAAUCCUGCCACUUCUGAGCUGAUCGCCGAGGUGGUCGAUACUCCAGUGGCUCUGAUCGAGAAUGAAGCCAUUCCUGCUGCGGUGACAGCGUUCAACUCAUUCAAGAAGACCACCGGUAGGUACCGGUCUGGACUGUUGACCAGAAUGUACGAGUUGAUGAUGGAAAAUCUCGACGAUUUAGCCAUUUUGAUCACGAUCGAAAACGGCAAGUCUCUAGCUGAUGCUGCCGGAGAAGUCAAGUACGCUGCCAGCUUUUACCAGUGGUUUGCUGAAGAAGCUCCCCGUAUCUAUGGUGACACCAUUCCUUCUGCCAACGGCAGCAACCGUAUUAUCACCGUCAAGCAACCUAUUGGAGUUGUGGGAAUUUUGACUCCUUGGAACUUUCCCUCGGCUAUGAUUACCCGCAAGUUGGGUGCUGCUCUCGCUGCUGGGUGUACUGCUGUUAUCAAGCCUGCUGCCGAAACUCCGCUCUCUGCUCUUGCUCUCGGUUACAUUGCUGAACUUGCCGGUGUUCCCGCUGGUGUUGUGAAUCUUGUUCCAGUGUCACAAGAGCCUACUAAAGUUGUGGGUAAACUUUUCUGUGAGUCGCCUAGUAUCCGCAAAAUUUCGUUCACUGGAUCUACCGGUGUUGGUAAGCUGUUGAUGCAACAGAGUGCUUCUUCGCUCAAGAAACUCUCUUUCGAGCUCGGAGGAAAUGCUCCUUUCAUUGUCUUCGACGAUGCUGAUAUCGAUGCUGCAGUUGAUGGUGCCAUUGCAUGCAAAUUGCGCCAAUCGGGCCAGACAUGUGUCUGUGCCAACCGUAUCUACGUCCACUCCAAGGUGUACGACGAGUUUUCCACCAAGCUUGUGGCAAAGGUUCGUGACAAUCUGACUCUGGGUAAUGGGUUGCACAAGGGAAUCACCCAUGGUCCACUUAUUCAUGGUCGCGCAGUUGCUAAGGUUCAACAACACGUUGAGGAUGCUGUCGCCAAGGGCGCCAAGAUCCUCCAUGGAGGUAAAACAGCCCCACAUUUGGGUGAGAACUUUCACGAGAUUACCGUUGUUGGUGACGUGACUCAUGAUAUGCUUGUUUCACGCGAAGAGACCUUCGGUCCUCUCGCGCCCUUGAUCAAGUUUGAUACUGAGGACGAGGCCAUUGCGCUUGCAAACUCCACUGAAUUCGGUCUAGCCGGUUAUUUCUAUACCCGUGACUAUGCUCGUUUGUUCCGUGUUGGUGAGGCUUUGCACGUUGGUAUGGCAGGUGCUAACACAGGUGCCAUCUCUGAGGCCGCUAUGCCUUUUGGAGGUGUGGGUCACUCAGGUUUCGGUAGAGAGGGUUCCAAGUAUGGAGUUGAGGACUAUAUUGUGAUCAAGACAAUUGUUAUUGGGGGUAUAUAA